GGCGCAGUGCCACUUACCCAGCAUGGAAGCGUUGUGUCUCGGCUGUGUGUUGGCGGCGGUUCUAACGUGGGGUUUUCUCUGCUUUUGGGACUCUGCAGAACGAAUGAAGACUGCGGAGCAAGCAGGCCUGUUGAAAUCCGGAAGCCGAACCCUUCUCGUGAUCGCGCACCCCGAUGAUGAAGCCAUGUUCUUUGCUCCCACAGUGCUGGGUUUGGCACGCCUGAAGCACCGGAUGUCCCUGCUCUGCUUCUCUGCAGGAAAUUACUACAAUCAAGGAGAGAUUCGUAAGAAAGAACUUUUGCAGAGCUGUGAUGUUUUGGGGAUUCCAACCUCCCAAGUUAUGAUUAUUGAUAACAGUGAUUUCCCAGAUGAUCCAGGAGUGCAGUGGGACACAGAGCGUGUGGCCAACAUUCUCCUCCAGCAUGUAGAGGUCAAUGACAUCAACCUGGUGGUGACUUUUGAUGCAGGGGGAGUCAGUGGUCACAGCAAUCACAUUGCUCUGUACACAGCUGUGAGGGCCCUGCACUCCGAAGGGAAGUUCCCUAAAGGUUGUUCUGUGCUCACACUUCAGUCUGUGAAUGUGCUGCGCAAGUAUCUCUUCCUCCUGGACCUGCUCUGGUCUCUGCUGCAUACUCAGGACAUCCUCUUCGUGCUCACCAGCGAAGAAGUGGCACAGGCAAAGAGAGCCAUGUACUGCCAUGGAAGCCAACUCCUCUGGUUCCGCCGCCUCUAUAUUCUCUUCUCCAGGUACAUGAGAAUCAACUCACUGCACUUCCUCUGAGGCUUUGAAGAGUUUUCAGAUCUAAGGAACAAAGGAGAAAAGUAGACCAGGAAGACAAGGGGCCUGCCUGGAGAUGGCUUAUCUUCCUGAGUCAAAGGAGUUCCCAGCUAAGUGCCUCUGCAAAGGGAGACCCUGUUGGCCAAUGGGCUACCCAAACUCUGGCUUCUUCCUCUGGUGAGGGGGGCAGGGUGGAAUGAAGAACUGAAAACAAACCAACCCAAGGAUAAUUCAAAUAAUUUGAAUAAUGACAAAGCGUAUGUCAAACACCUAGCACAGAGCCCAGACAAAUUGCUGUUAUCACAAAUGAAUGCAGAAUGUACUAAAAACACAGGUAGGAUCUUUAAUUGCUUCUGAAGUAGGCUGUCUUAGUUUUGGGUUGGUAUAACUGAAUACCACAGAUUGAGUAAUUUAUAAAGAACUGAGGUUUAUUUAACUCUUGAUUCUGGAAGCUGGGAGCAAGACAUAGGCUUCUGCUUGACAUUUAAUGAAGAGCUUCCUACAUCAUAAUAAGGCAGCGGGCAUCACAUGGCAAGAUAGAGCAAGUGAGCCAAAGUGCUUAUUUCUAUAACAAAGCUACUCCCAUGAUAAUUCAUUAAUCUGUAAAUGACCCAGUCCUCUCCCAAAGAUCCUACCUCUUAACACUGAUGCAUUGGGGACCAUAUGUCCAACACAUGGAUGCCAGGAGACAUGUCCAAAUCAUAGAUUUACUGAAAAUACAUGAGCCAGGUGCAGUGAUGCACACCUAUAAUCCCAGCAAUUUGGGAGGCUGAGGCAGGAGGAUCCCAAGUUCAA